GAAAUGGAACCAGCUGGCCAGGCCCAGGAGGCAGCCACCAAGCUGUCGGAGGCUGUGGGCGCAGCGCUCCAGGAGCCCCGGCGGCAGCGACGCCUGGUGCUGGUCAUCGUGUGCGUGGCGCUGUUCCUGGACAACAUGCUGUAUAUGGUCAUCGUGCCCAUCGUGCCUGACUACAUCGCCCACAUGCGCGGGGGCAGUGAGAGUUCCAUUCCAACCCCGGAAGUGUGGGUGCCCACUCUGCCACCGCCCACUCUAGCCAAUGCUAGUGCCAACAUGCUCAACAGCUCAGAGUUCCCGACGGCUUCGUGGCCCACCGGGCCUGCCCUGAGACCCCGCUACCCCACAGAGAGCGAAGACGUGAAGAUCGGGGUGCUGUUUGCCUCCAAAGCCAUCCUGCAGCUUCUGGUGAACCCCCUAAGUGGUACCUUCAUCGAUCGCAUGAGCUACGACGUGCCGCUACUUAUCGGCCUGGGCGUCAUGUUCGCCUCCACAGUGCUGUUUGCCUUCGCGGAGGACUAUGCCACGCUUUUCGCCGCGCGCAGCCUGCAAGGCCUGGGCUCGGCCUUUGCAGACACGUCCGGCAUUGCCAUGAUCGCCGACAAAUAUCCCGAGGAGCCUGAGCGCAGUCGCGCGUUGGGCGUUGCGCUGGCCUUCAUCAGCUUUGGAAGUCUGGUGGCACCGCCCUUCGGGGGCAUCCUCUAUGAGUUCGCGGGCAAGCGCGUGCCCUUUCUGGUGCUCGCCGCGGUGUCACUGCUCGACGCGUUGUUGCUGCUGGUGGUGGCCAAACCCUUCUCAGCCGCGGCGCGGGCGCGGGCCAACCUGCCGGUGGGCACACCCAUCCACCGCCUCAUGCUGGACCCCUACAUCGCUGUGGUGGCCGGCGCACUCACUACCUGUAACAUCCCUCUCGCUUUCCUCGAACCCACCAUAGCCACGUGGAUGAAGCACACGAUGGCCGCGUCGGAGUGGGAGAUGGGCAUGGUCUGGCUGCCGGCCUUUGUGCCUCACGUGUUAGGCGUCUACCUCACCGUGCGCCUGGCGGCGCGAUACCCACACCUUCAGUGGCUCUACGGAGCUCUGGGGCUGGCAGUGAUCGGUGCCAGCUCGUGUGUGGUGCCCGCCUGCCGCUCCUUCGCACCACUAGUGGUCUCUCUCUGCGGUCUCUGCUUCGGCAUUGCUCUGGUCGACACGGCUUUGCUGCCCACGCUCGCCUUUCUCGUGGACGUGCGCCACGUUUCAGUCUACGGAAGCGUCUAUGCCAUCGCCGAUAUCUCCUAUUCCGUGGCCUAUGCUCUCGGGCCCAUAGUAGCGGGCCACAUCGUGCAUUCGCUCGGCUUUGGUCAGCUUAGCCUUGGCAUGGGCCUGGCCAACCUGUUCUACGCUCCUGUCCUGCUGCUGCUGCGCAAUGUGGGCCUCCUGACGCGCUCCCGCUCCGAGCGCGACGUGCUGCUCGAUGAGCCACCGCAGGGUCUGUACGAUGCCGUGCGCCUGCGUGAGUGCCCUGCGUCCGACUCGGACCGUGCGCCUCGCAGCCCGCCUGGCCCGUUUGACGAGUGCGAGGACGACUAUGACUACUACACCCGCAGCUAG